UGGGGGUUAAGAACGAAAUAAAAAUAUAUAAGUCGGGUUUCUUUUGUUAAAUAAAGAAAAGACGAGGGUCCCUAUUAUUUUCUCACUAUAUAAAUCUGAUAGGAAACGAAACAACCCUCGAUAUCAGCAGAUUCCUUAAAAAAUUUCUUCAACACAUUUUUUUUAUUUUGUCGCUUCUAUCAGAUUCCUGAUCUUUAGCGAUCUCGAGAUUGCUCUCUUUUUCUUGGAUAUUAUGGAUGAAAUUCCGCUUUGGACGAGGGUCGAUGACAAGCGUUUUGAGUCAGCUCUGGUUCAAUUCCCAGAGGGUUCGCCGUAUUUUUUGGAGAAUAUCGCUCAGUUUCUGCAGAAACCGUUGAAGGAUGUGAAGUACUACUACCAAGCGUUGGUCGACGAUGUUGCGCUGAUCGAAUCGGGUAAUUUUGCUUUGCCCAACUACAGGGACGAUGAUUACGUGUCACUGAAGGAAGCGACUAAGUCCAAAAACCAGGGCACGGGGAAAAAGAAGGGAAUAGCUUGGUCACCAAACGAACACAAAUUGUUUUUGGAUGGACUAAACAAGUAUGGGAAAGGAGAUUGGAAGAGCAUAGCGAGGGAAUGUGUGAAGACAAGGAGCCCGAUGCAAGUGGCUAGCCAUGCUCAGAAGUAUUUUUUAAGGAAAAACAAGAAGGGGAAACGCAUGAGUAUCCAUGACAUGCCUCUGGGAGAUGCGGAUAAUGUAACCGUCCCUGUAUCCCACUUGAAUUCUACGGGCCAGCAGCCACAGUUUGGAGACCAAAUUCUUCCGGAUCAUUAUUACCACUGCUCCCAGGACAAUGUAACCAAUAUCCCUGGAUCCAACUUGGUGUUUAUGGGCCAACAACCACAUUUUGGUGGCCAAAUUCCUCCAAAUCAAAGUCACCCCUACUCCCGGGACAAUGUAACCGUCCCUGAAUCUAACUUGAAGCCUAUGGGCGAGCAGCCACAUUUUGGUGACCACAUUUCUCCGGAUCAAUAUGACCGCGACUUCCUGGACAACUUCGGGUUUUUCUAUGAUGAUGGUGAAGAUGAUGGGAGUUUAGCAAGCUUUGAAAAACUAUAUUAUAAGGCUUAAGCUUUAUGAUGAGAUUUUCUGGUUUUGGGUUUUAGAGUUUUGUUUCUGGUCUAGACUUUAGUUGUAAAAUUAACUUGAAUGGUCAUUUAUUUUA